GUCGACUGAAGAAGAUGUUUCAGCAGCGGCGCCGCAGUCCAUGUGUUACACGGGGAAAACGGGGAAAAGGCUAUUAUUAAAGUUUAAUCGUGAACUGGAAACGGCUACUUAGCACCUGGUUGAUGGAGGAACAAGAUCUGCAACUUGAAGGCGGGUCUGAACAACACCAGCUGAACACUGAGAGCUGACAGCCUCCUACUCUGCACAGACACGAGAUUUGUACAUCAGAGCUGAGACUAGUUCCACGUUUGAGGAAGUAAAAACUUCAGUCUCAGUUAUAGAGAGGAGAAAUGGCGCAGAAAGGAGAUCAGCUGGACCAAGAAACCUUUUGUUGUUCAAUCUGUUUGGAUCUUUUAAAGCAUCCAGUGACUAUUCCCUGUGGACACAGUUACUGUAUGAACUGUAUUAAAACCUUCUGGGAUGGAGAAAAGGAGAGGAAACUCCCCAGCUGUCCUCAGUGUAGACAGACGUUCAAACCGAGGCCUGUGCUGGUGAAAAACACCAUGUUAGCAUCCGUAGUGGAGCAGCUGAAGAAGACUGGACUCCAAGCUGCUCCUGCUGGUCACUGCUAUGCUGGACCUGAAGAUGUGGCUUGUGAUUUCUGCUCUGGAAGAAAACUGAAAGCCAUCAAGUCCUGUUUAGUCUGUCUGGCCUCUUACUGCGAGAAACACCUUCAACCUCAUCAUGAUUCAUCUACAUUCAAGAAACACAAGCUGGUGGAUCCCUCCAAGAACCUGCAGGACAACAUCUGCCCCCGUCAUGGUGAGGUGAUGAAGAUGUUCUGUCGUGCUGAUCAGAAGUGUAUCUGUUAUCUCUGCUCUGUGGAUGAACAUAAAGGCCAUAACACAGUUGCAGCUUUAAGGACUGAGAGGCAGAGAGAGAUGGAGCUGAGUCGACAACAAAUCCAGCAGGAGAUCCAGGACAGAGAGAAAGAUGUGAAGCUGCUUCAGCAGGAGGUGGAGGCCAUCAAAAAGUCUGCUGAUAAAACAGUGGAGAACAGUGAGGAGAUCUUCACUGAGCUGAUCUCUCUCCUCCAGAAAAGAAGCUCUGAUGUGAAGCAGCAGAUCAGAUCCCAGCAGAAAACUGAAGUGAGGAGAGUCAGAGAGCUUGAGGAGAAGCUGCUGCAGGAGAUCACUGACCUGAAGAGGAGAGACGCUGAGAUGAAGCAGCUCUCAGACAUUGAGGACCACAACCAGUUUCUCCACAACUAUCUCUCACUGUCACCACUCAGUCAGUCCACACACUCCUCCAGCAUCAGCAUCCGUCCUCUCAGGUACUUUGAGGAUGUGACAGCAGCUGUGUCAGAGGUCAGAGGUCAACUACAGGACAUCCUGAGAGACACAUGGACAAACAUCUCACUGACCAUCACUGAGGUGGAUGUUUUACUGUCAGAUUCACAAUCAGAACCAAAGAGCAGAGCUGGAUUUUUGAAAUAUUCAUGUGAAAUCACUCUGGAUCCAAACACAGUAAACACACAGCUGUUACUGUCAGAGGAGAACAGAAAUGGGACUUUUAUGAAGAAACGUCAGUCUUAUUCUAGUCAUCCAGACAGAUUCACUGAACAUCCACAGGUCCUGAGUAGAGAGAGUCUGACUGGACGUCAUUACUGGGAGGUGGAGAAGAAAGCAGGUGUAGUUGAUGUAGCAGUUUCAUACAAGAAUAUCAGAAGAACAGGGUGGAAGGAAAGUGUAUUUGGAUAUAAUGACAAAUCUUGGUCACUACAUUCUUCCUCAGACAGAUAUUUAUUUUGGUACGACAACAUCAGAACCUCCAUCUCAGGUCCUCUGAGCUCCAGAAUAGGAGUUUACCUGGAUCACAGAGCAGGUGUUCUGUCCUUCUACAGCGUCUCUGAAACCAUGACCCUCCUCCACAGAGUCCAGACCAUCUUCACUCAGCCGCUCUACGCUGGAGUCAGGAUUAACUACGGUCCUGGAGCCUCAGCUGAGUUCUGUAAACUCAAAUAAUUUUUUUUUUUUUCAUCAUCUUUAUAGGUCAGUGUUGAUUGUUGUGAUGUUUCUUCACUGUUCAGAGAUCGAUGUCUCAAACUCUGAUUGUAGAGGAACAUUGUUGUUACCUGGCCCUGCCCCUUCUCAACCUUUCCCCGACCCUGCACCCCAA